CAAGCCAGCGGAUCUGAGUUGCGGUUACAAGCCCUGUCAACCGACGGCUAAUAAGCUGAAAACAUUUGGAGCAAUUUCUCAGAAGAAUUGUGGUCUGGCAGCGACGAAGAAACAGGGUUUUCUGUCGGCGUUGUUUGUUUAUCUUUACGGAGCCGUCGGGCUGGAGUUUGUCUGAAAUCUCUCUGCUGUCCGUGGAUUAACACAAGACUCGACUCAGAAGCGCCGUGAUAUCAAUUUAAGUGUGAGAUUAUGGAUUAUGCGCCCGCAUUUCGUGUGAAUCUUUGCAUUUUGGAGGUUGCUUGUUUCCCAAUUCGUGGUUAACAAUCAAGUCGAAAUUCGGUGGAGUCGGAACAGGACCCAGCGGACACUUGUUGAAAUACAAUUUACCGAGCAAACCUUUGCCCAACUGCUCGUGAGCUUUGCUAACGUCAGUAGCGAGAUUUAGCUAACGAGGCUAACAACUUUCUGUGACACCAGCGCUGAGUCUUUUGGUACAAACUGCUUCUAAUACGUGUCUGUUGGAUGGUGACCGAGGUCGAGUGUCGACAAGUUGGCAAAGUGCGUUUGCCAGAAUCGUUGAGAUGGCACUGACAGCGGCUUAGCUAACUUGGCUAGCUGCAACUGUAAAACUCGGCUCUCCGUUCACCUCCAACGUUAUGUUAGCAAUGACAGCUAACGUUAUGUUAACGUUAGAUUCAAACAAGUGGUUCGCUGAAAAUGUGUCAAUAUGAAGUUAUAUUUUACCGUUAACUUCUUGUAAUCAACACACCAUUCCUUUCGAAAGUUUUUACAGUUAACUUGCAAACAGAUAAUUUACAGAGGCUUUUAUUACUCUGCUCUUUAGGCAUAAGAAGACAACUUUUAUUAACGAGCGCUUCAACGUUAGCUUAGCUACGUUAGCUACUAGCUCGGCUUACAGUGACACACUCUGUUGGUGCUGCAGCCAGCAGAGCUGACUGAAUUAACUUUGGCCAGCCCGAAUGUGUGCUAUGUUUUUAAGACACUGAUGGAUUCACUGCAGCGCUUAUUGGUGGACUUUGAAAAAUAGACUUCCCGCACCGUCUUACACUUUUUUUCCAAGUAGCUGAAGUUGUGAAACUGCGGCCCGCACAAUGUCCGGCUCCCCGGGCACAGGUGGCUCAAACCCCAGGAAGUUCAGCGAGAAGAUAGCGCUGCACAACCAGAAGCAAGCAGAGGAGACGCGGGCCUUUGAGCAGCUGAUGACAGACCUCACUGUUUCAAGGGUGCAGUUUCAGAAGAUCCAGCAGCUUCGUCUGUCUCAGUCACGGGCGCCGUACUAUGGAGGCUCUCUGCCUAACGUCAAUCAGAUCGGCAACACCAGCACCGAAUUUCAGGGCGGCUUUCCUUCAGGGUUGGACUCCAUCAGAGGGACCCGCCACCACGGGCUGGUCGAGAGGGUCCACAGGGACCGCAAUCGCAUCAACUCUCCCCAUCGCCGACCCAUCGACAAGCACGGACGGCAGAUGGAGAGCUCUCCAUAUGGAGCAGUGUACCUGUCCCCACCUUUGGACAACAACUGGAGAAGGGAACAGCAGCCAUGGACUGAGGAAAAACGGCCUGGGUUUAGAUUAAUAUCACAACUCAACAGAACCAACUCAGACUCUGCUCUCCAUACGAGUGCUAUGAACCCAAACCCUCAGGACCCCUUUGGCAUGCAUCAGCAGAUGGGUCGAGGUCCUCCCCAGCGUAAUGCUAGCGUUAAUGAGGCAGAGGUGGACGGCUCCGGAAAUGUCUUCUCCUUCCCCUCCCUGCCCAACGAGGAGAGUCUAAUAGGUGUCAGUAAGCCGCUUCCCAAGCAGCUGUGGGAGGCCAAGAAGGUCCAGUCUCUGGCAUCAAGGCCUAAAUCAUGUGAAGUGCCUGGAAUCAAUAUAUUCCCGUCUCCGGAGCAGAACCCCGGUCUGUCCCACUACCAGGGCUUGUUAAAUACUGGCGGCUCCCUGCCCGACCUCAGCAACCUGCACUUCCCCUCACCACUCUCCACCCCGCUGGACCCUGAGGACAACGGAGGGUACCCCAACCUCAGCGGGGGCAGCAGCACCGGAAACCUGCCGGCUGCCAUGAUGCACCUCGGCAUCGGCAACUCACAGGGUCUCUCCUCCUCUCUGAGCAAUCCCUCGAUCCAGGCGUCCCUCAACAACUGCCAGCUGCAGUCGUCGCUCAGCAAUCCCUCCAUCAACUCGUCCCUGCGUCUGUCCAACAACUCCCCCCGGCGACGGCCCGCUCCCAUCAGCCCCCUCACCCUGUCUCCUGGCACCGAGCAGCGCAGGGGUCUGACCAAGCAGCUGUCUCCCACCAUGUCCCCCUCGCUGUCCCCCAUCACACAGGGAGUCGCUUUGGAUACCAGCAACAUGCCAAGGGAGCCGCCCCCACCCUAUCCACUCUACCAACAGUCCCAGCAUGCCGUGGACCAGAGCCGACAACGCCAGCAGCAGCAGCCGCAGCAGCAGCAGCAGCCUGUUUCCCCCCUUCAGAACAUCCAAGUGGACUUCAACACGAGCCAACACAACAACAUGGCGGCGCUCUUCAACGACCCCUUCAUGGAGCCACAGUUCUCCAAUCGCCAGAGCAAGACCCUCCCCUAUCAGUUGGACCAGUUCACUCUGUUGGAAAACACAAUGAGCUCCACUGCAGGGGGUACUUGCUUCGACCCUUCCUCCUCCUCCUCCUUACUCUACUACUCCCAGGCUGCCCUCUCAGGGCUGGGUGGCAGCCAUGGCAACCUGCAGGACCCGGUGCCCAUGAGGUCCAACAUGCUGUACUCCAACUGCAGCGGAGGACUGCCCAACAUCAUCCUCACUGAUGACUCCAACCCCAGUCUGUCAAAGGACAUCAGCAGUACACUCUCUACGGUGCCUGAAUGUUUUGACUCAGAGGGAGGCUUCCCGUUGGAAGACGAGCUGCGCAUCGAGCCCCUCAGCCUGGACGGUCUGAGCAUGCUCAGUGAUCCCGACAUGGUGCUGCCGGACCCAUCGGUGGAGGAUACGUUCCGCAGUGACAGACUCUGAACACAAAGAGCGUCACAGCUUUCGAGAAAGACAACAUGCACACACGUGGAUUUGCAGCGUGUAGAGUGUACAAAUCUGAAUAUGCAUGCAGUCAAUCUCUAUAGGGCCACUUAGCAUGCGUCCACUGCCACUAAGAUUCAUUAAAUGUGAAAGACAUGAACAUGUACACAGUCGUGCACACACACUUUUAAAGGAGGAGACUUGUGAACAAACACUGUUUACACCUGCUUCAUGCAAAGUUAGCCUCGCACACGCUCGAGCUCGUGCUUCUCACACAUUAGUUUAGAUGAGCUGGAUCGAUGCGGUUUUGGGUUUAGGACCGGGUUCGGCUCUGAGAGUCUGCAUCUCCUCCAGACCGCUUCUCCCCCUCCACCCAGAAAGACUCGGACGAACAUGUGAGACGAAGUCCUCCCGCUUCUUUCCCUCAUCAUCCGCUGACAAGCCCCCCUCAAGCCAUGGCAACCUCAUCGCCAUGGUUACACACCAUAGCAACCCCAUCGCCGUGCUGAAGAGCAGCAGAAAUGCCAACACACAAUUUCCUUUUGUGACAGCAGUAAAUGAGGGAACGGCAGGCCGGAGCUGCUCACAGCUGGAGCAGGUACAUGUGUCGGCGGUGGAACACCUGGAACCCAGUUCUCUUCAGGUCCAGUAGAAACCGGCCCUGCCGUGGCUACUUCAGGCUCUAGAACAAUCCCUCUAAAAGUGAAGACCUGGAGGGAUUAGAGCUUUUAUUUUAAAUGUAUUUCUUUACACAUGGUAUCAGAUUAUUUUUGAGAUGUUUGCCACAGAUCUAUAAAUAUGAAUAUAUAUAUAUAUAUAAAGUACAUAUAUAUAUAAGCCUCAAUUUCAGUCUGAUUAGAAUGUAUUUUCAAACUAGAAACAAAAAGGGCAAAGUGUUUACAAAGAUGAGAUUUUAAUAAGUAAAUAUUACUUAAGAGUAUAGAUUUUUUUGGAUUUCUAAUGAGAAAUAAAAUUCAAAGAUGUAAGAAAUGCUUUAUUUUUCCUCGUCACUUGGAUGGAUUUUCCCCUUCUCCUCAGUCACAGACGAGUCGGCUGUGAUUUCCUCCGACAGCACUGGGACAGCGUCAAAUGACAUUUUUAAAAGGAACUUCGCAUCUUUUCAGUUGUUUUUGAAAAGACGUCUGUGUACCUACAUGCAUUGCAUAUGUUUUAUUUUACAUUUUGUACCGACUUGUAAUGGCGCUUGUUCUGUACUUUAAAUCUUGUGAAUAAGGGCAUGCGCUGAGCUACUGUGGAUCGAUUAUGUCCUGAAUAACUUUUUGCAUCUGGCUUUCUGUCCUCGUGUUCUGGCAGUACAGUAACCCCCCCCCCCCACCCUGUGGCUGAACCGUCAAAGUGAUUCAGAGAGCAGGCUGUAAUCAUGUGGACAUCGGACAUCAUGUAACAUUGCACUUAAUCUCUUUUGCACUAAUUGGUUCACAGUGUGUAGACUGAUAUUUGUGUUAUUUUUUUCCUGAUAACCCAAAGAAGUUCAAUGAAGCCAUGAUUCAGAAAAGUGACACUUUAUGUAACUAAAUGUGUAUAUUAUUACUGCACGCACACAUUUUAAAACACCAGCAAACAGGUGUUACAUUUUGACAUGAGGUGAGAAAAUCGAUGAAAUUUGAUUUUAUAGUGAUGUGUUUUUGUGAGAGCUCAUAUUUACAGGUGAUUAUGUAAUAACUUGGUAAUUUAGGGCAUUGAGUGCCCCCCAGUGUCUGUUUUAAUAAAGUCAACGAGAUAUUUUUCAUAUUGCUUCUGAAAAGGAUUUGGAGCAAACGUCUUACUUUGCACCUUCAGCUAUGCAAAUACUUUGAUGAAGUGAGACCUGUUGAACAGGUGCAGCUUGAACAUUAUGCAGUGUAACAUGGCUUGCAGGUUUCUUUCAUGUUCACAAUGUGGGGGAUCAAAUAUCUGAGAAAUCACAAUAUUACAUGAGUCCAGUGUCCACAGUGUGUGCUGACUCUGGGUCAGCGAGAAGAGCGUCUGAUUCAAAGGGACAGUUUGGAUUGCGGGCAGGUGGAGCGUGGCACUUUGUUUAUUUUCGACUGUCCAGUCAGAAGAUGUCUCACCUGCACUGUGUGGACGGUCGCGUCUGUGUAUGAGAGAGACUGAGUGUGAUGGGCUUUGGGGUUAUCAUGAGGUUGUUUUAUAAAGAGUUUCUGUUCAGUUACAGCUGUUCUGCAGUUUUCCCUGCUCUCUUGUUGACUCUGGAGGACAGUGGGCGAGUGAUGGAGCCACUUUGCAGUUGAAUUCGCUUUUGUUUUUGUCUGAUCGUCCCUCUGUCCCAGCCUGUCUGCUGCUGUCUAAACGCCUGCCUUCUGCUGCCUUACUUUGUUGUAUUUUGACUUUUCAUUUUCCAGCAGUAACCUGUAUCAGCUAGUAAUCACCUCCCUUUAGCUUUAGCUCUGUUUGGUACUCACUGCCAUCCUUCUUUUCUGCCAGUUUCAUUUGUCUCUUAGGGUUUUUUUUGUGUGUGUCUUACUUUUUCUAGUUGCAUAUUAAAAUGUACAGUUCUGUUAUUUAAAGAAUGUUUUUGUCCACUAGUGUUACUAC